AUGGCGGUCGGGUAUGGCAGUCGGUAUGGAGGUCAGUAUGACAGUCAGUAUGGAAGUCAGUAUGGAAGUCAGUAUGACAGUCAGUAUGGAAGUCAGUAUGGAGGUCAGUAUGGCGGUCAGUAUGGAAGUCAGUAUGGAGGUCAGUAUGGCGGUCAGUAUGGAAGUCAGUAUGGCGGUCAGUAUGGAAGUCAGUAUGGAAGUCAGUAUGACAGUCAGUAUGGAGGUCAGUAUGGCAGUCAGUAUGGAGGUCAGUAUGGCAGUCAGUAUGGAAGUCAGUAUGGAAGUCAGUAUGGAAGUCAGUAUGGCAGUCAGUAUGGCAGUCAGUAUGGAGGUCAGUAUGGCAGUCAGUAUGGAAGUCAGUAUGACGGUCAGUAUGGAGGUCAGUAUGGAAGUCAGUAUGGCGGUCAGUAUGGAGGUCAGUACGGAAGUCAGUAUGGAAGUCAGUAUGGCAGUCAGUAUGGAAGUCAGUAUGGAAGUCAGUAUGGCAGUCAGUAUGGAAGUCAGUAUGGCAGUCAGUAUGGAGGUCAGUAUGGAAGUCAGUAUGGCGGUCAGUAUGGAGGUCAGUACGGAAGUCAGUACGGAAGUCAGUAUGGCAGUCAGUAUGGAAGUCAGUAUGGAAGUCAGUAUGACGGUCAGUAUGGAGGUCAGUAUGGAAGUCAGUAUGGAGGUCAGUAUGGCGGUCAGUAUGGAAGUCAGUAUGGAAGUCAGUAUGACAGUCAGUAUGGAAGUCAGUAUGGAGGUCAGUAUGGCGGUCAGUAUGGCGGUCAGUAUGGAAGUCAGUAUGGAAGUCAGUAUGGAAGUCAGUAUGGAAGUCAGUAUGACAGUCAGUAUGGAAGUCAGUAUGGAGGUCAGUAUGGAAGUCAGUAUGGAAGUCAGUAUGACAGUCAGUAUGGAAGUCAGUAUGGAAGUCAGUAUGGAAGUCAGUAUGGCGGUCAGUAUGGAAGUCAGUAUGACAGUCAGUAUGGAAGUCAGUAUGGAGGUCAGUAUGGCGGUCAGUAUGGCGGUCAGUAUGGCGGUCAGUAUGGAAGUCAGUAUGGAAGUCAGUAUGGAGGUCAGUAUGGAAGUCAGUAUGACAGUCAGUAUGGAAGUCAGUAUGGAGGUCAGUAUGGCGGUCAGUAUGGCGGUCAGUAUGGCGGUCAGUAUGGAGGUGAGUAUGGCGAUGAGUAUGGAGGUGAGUAUGGAGAACCCAGUGACAACUAG